AUGCAGUUUCCUGAGGUUAGGAAGUCAGGAGACACCUUGGAUAUGAAAUCUUUGGAAUUGGAUGAGACGCCAGUGUCAUACGAAUCAUCAGAACCGACUUCUUCUGAGAAAACGUCUACUGAGGGUUCAACUCCAGCAAACUUUGUGAUAGACGUGACUGAAGAUGAUGAAGAUUCACCAGCUCAGAGAGAUCAAAGCACCUCUAGUCAUGAACAUGAGUCGAAUGAAAGACAGGAUGAAAGGGAAAUAGGUACUGGUGAUGAUGGACGUGACUCAUUUGAAGAUCUUGAUCUUACGGGGUUUGAUGAUGAUGAUAUUGCGGCUUCUUUAGCUAGUAGUGCUAAUGUUGUGUCCAACGAGAUAUUUGACACGAUUUUUCAAAAUGUCGAUGAUAGUGUUUUGCCGUCAACUGAGAUGAGAAAAUCGAGCGAAACUCUUACUCCAACUUCUGAGCAGAUGGUGUCAACUUCAAUCCCAAUGGAGGUAGUUGUGGGAUGUUCCCCUCUCGUGUCUAUUUCUCCUACAUCUGAACCAUCUGUUAGUAUAAUACCUCCACAAGCUGAUCAACCUCAAUCUAAGAGGAGAAGACUUGAUGAAAGACAAUCCGAGCUAAUUACUAGUUUGGUCAGUGGUCUUCCUACACCACCAAUCACUACUGCUACUACACGACUUUCUGUAACAAAGAUGUUUGCAACUGGACCUAGUUCAGUUUUUGAUGUUGGUGGCCCUUCAGCUCCGCCUGGUUUUCCUGUUCUAAGAUUUAAUAGGGAUGCUGCUUCUGAGAGACUAGCUUUGCAUAUGGCAGAGGAACAGCUUCGUUCGUCUAGCCCUCAAGGAAAGAACAUUUCUAUGAGUGAAGGGGGUGCUCCUGAUGAUGAUUCAUCUGAUGAUAGUUUACGAAAGGAGAUCUCGGUAUUAAGUCAGAAGAACAUAGAGCUUGACAUUCAAGUAGCUGAACUUCGUGCUCAGAACAUUGAGCUUCGUACUCAAGUGUCUAAACUUCAGUCAGAUAGAACUUAUCUUGGCGGACAACUCGCAGAAGUUAAAAGGGAUAGGAAAGUAAAAGAUAAGCAGAUUUCUGAUCUUCAAGAACAUUUCAAUCUGCUGACUUCAAGCUACUUCGAAUUGAAAAAGAAACUGGAGGAUGAUUUUGGUGAGAAGUAUAAAACAAGCGUAGAAGAACAAAGAAUAAAUUUACAUAUGCAAGCGUAUCCAGUAGACGUGCCAGCUGGUCAACCUUCUGGUUCUGCUGAGCGUAUUGAAGUUGUUCCUCCUAUGGCUUCUCAUAUUCAAGAAAUCAUUCGGAAAAAUCAAGAAGAUGAUACUGAAAGGGGGCAGUUAUUAUUCAAGCGAAAUGUUACUCAGAGCAAUUCUAAAGGGGAAUCUUUGAUCACUUCAUUAAGCUAA